UAUAUAUAUAAGUAAUACUAAGGAGUCAAUAUCGGUUGAAGGUACGGUCACUUGCUGUCAUAAAAAUUUCUAAAACUACGUCACUCUAAAACUAAAAAUUUCUGAAAAUCUUAAAAUUUUUUAUUGUAACAAAUUUAUCGUCAAGUUAAUAAUUUAUAAAUAAACAGCUGAUUGAAGCCACAUCAAACCGGGUUGUAUAUAUUAAAUUAAUAUAAAUAAUAGUUGCUAUAAGAAUAUUAAAUCAAGAAUAAUUUAUAUGUAUUCAAAAAAAUAUUUACAAAUAUAAAAUAAUUAUGAAUAGAUGGCUUCUGUUAAUAAGUUUGAUAUUGGUUAUAACAACAAUAGAAGGUACUUUGUCGCCACGUACUGAUAAAUCAAAAAAAGAUAAAGAAAGAACAGAGAUUAAGAAAGGACCGGUUGAUAAUAGUAUAUUCGACCGAGGUUUAGUUGUCCAAGAUCCUAAGAUAAGUGAUAUUGUCAAACAAGCUGGUCUUUAUUACAAAGACACCAAGAAAAGACAUUUUAGUAAUGAUGUAUUGGGAUAUAUAACUCCAUGGAAUGGUGAAGGGCUUGAAGUAGCUAAGACCUUUCAUGGUAAAUUAACGCUUGUUUCUCCAGUAUGGUUCAAUAUACAAAGUUCUGAUAAGUUUCAAAUUGCCACGCAUGAUGUACAGAAGAAAUGGCUCAAAGAUAUAAAAACAGCUAAUGAAGGAAAUCAUACUGUCAAAAUUUUACCCAGAGUUUUAUUUGAACAGUGGUCAGCGGGUGAUAUAUCUUCAUUGAACCGUGAUGUUCAGAAAAAAAAUCAAUUGAUAUCUUCACUUAUCGAUUUAGCUCAGAAAUUUCAGUUUCAUGGAUAUGUAUUAGAAAUAUGGAAUCAAGUAAUUUACACAGGCGCUGAAUCAAAAGUUGUUGUCAGUGUAAUAAAAUCAUUGGCCAAAAGACUUAAAAGUAAACAAUUACAAGUAAUAUUAGCUAUUCCACCAGCUCAAGGACCACCUGGACAAAUAUUCUCACAAGGCCAAUUUGAAGAGUUGUCACCUCACAUUGAUUUCUUUUCAUUAAUGACCUAUGAUUUUUCAAAUGUCCAACGACCUGGACCAAACAUACCUGACGACGAUGAUCCAAAACGCUCUAAAAUAUUAAUGGGGCUAAACUUUUACGGAAAUAAUUACACACCUGAUGGUGGUGGUGCUAUUUUGGGAUCUCAGUACAUAAAAUAUCUCGAUUCUUACAAGGGUAAACUGCAGUGGGAUGAAAGAAGUAAAGAACAUCUGUUAGAAUAUCGAUCAUCAAAAGCCAGUGGUUAUAUAUUUUAUCCUACGCUCUAUUCCAUCCAACAAAGAAUAGACUUAGCCCGAGAAUUAGGAACUGGACUCUCAAUUUGGGAACUUGGCCAAGGUUUAAAUUACUUUUACGACCUAUUUUAA